AUGUCUCCCCAGUCUGUCACCGUCGACGCCGUCCUUUUCGACAUGGACGGCACCCUCCUUGACUCGACCCCUGGUGUCGAGGCCACCUGGGAGCAGUACAAGGAGAAGUACGACCUUGACCUCGACGAGGUUCUGAAGCACGCCCACGGCAUGCGCACGCAGGACAACAUGAAGAACUGGUGCGGCAUCAAGGGCGAGGAGGAGAGCGCGAAGGAGGCCGAGAAGUUUGAGGGCCUCAUCGUCGAGAACGCCAAGCGUCUCCAGGACAUGGGCAAGACUGGCCUCAUCAUCCUCCCCGGUGUCAAGGACAUCCUCGAGUCUCUCAACACCGCUCCCGAGCCGUGCUGGUCGAUCGUCACGAGUGCGCGCUACAAGUACGCCUCUGCUGCGCUCCCGACCGCCGCCGUCCCGCCGCACCACCACCUCGUCACCGCCAACGACGUCCAGAACGGCAAGCCCAACCCCGAGCCCUACCUGAAGGGCGCUGCCAAGCUCGGCGUCGAUACUAAGAACUGUGUCGUUGUUGAGGACGCUCCCUCUGGAAUCAAGGCCGGUGUCGCUGCCGGCGCCCACGUCCUUGCCGUCUGCACCUCGUUCCCGCGCGAGAUGCUCGAGGGCCUCGGCGCCGAGUGGAUCGUCGAGGACCUGACGCAUGUCCGUGCCGAGCCCAUCGACGGCCGCGUCAAGGUCACCAUCCUCGACUAA